AUGGCCCCCUCACCGCUCCCCGAACACGUCUAUAAGAUCAUCCCCUCAGCCCCGCCCUCGCCGAUUCCGGACAGGUACCCUCUAUCCGACCUCGACAAGAACGACGGCUUCGUGCACCUGAGCACCGCGGACCAGAUACCAACCACUCUCUCCCUCUUCUUCAAGGAGACGGCCAAUGUCUGGGUUCUCAAGCUGCGCUUCACGUUCGCGGACAAGGUGACGUACGAGAACGGCGACGGGUGCCCGCACUUGCACGGCAACUUUGGGGCCGCCGACGUGGAAGACGCCAGGGAGUUUUCACGCAACGACGGCGAGACUUGGCAAGAUGCUUUGAAAAGACAGGGCGGAUGGCUGGUGUGA